AUGGAAUAUAAUGCAACAGGAUUAUCUGUAAUCCCUGAUGAAAAAAUAUAGAAGAAUAUAUGGAAUUCAUUUGUUUGUGAAUUUCCUUUAUGUUCUAAUCUAUAUUAAUUACCUGAUAAUUAGAAAUUUAGAUAUAAGUUUAUGUCAGCUUUGAUGAUGGUGAAUAUUUUUGACGCAUUAACAAAUUGGCAACAAUUAUCAAUACUAUAAAAUAUAUAUGAAUCUUUGAACAGAAUUGUAAAUGAUAAAGACUAACCACCAAUAAUAAAAUAAUAAAUUGUAAAUAUUAUGAACCCCUUUUAUAUUUUGAUAACUAAUUUAUAACCAUUUGAUUAUAAUAUAAUUGAUCAUUAGUAAUAAGAUUAAAAGACUAUAUAAAAAGUUUAAGAAUACUUAUAAAACAAAAGAAAGUACAUAUACUCUUAUUUAGAUAAUGAAUAGGGAAUUAAUACUCUAUUCUAAUUGUCAAGAGGAAUAGCUUUGAGUGAAUAUCUUAAGCCUGAUAAUGAGAUGAUUACUUCAAUAACAUAAUGUAUCAAAUAGUUGAAUAAGGAAGAAAUUAUCAAAAAAUUAUGCAGUGAUGAUUUAGAAAUAAAUUCAUUAAACUAUUUUAUUUUAGAAGAUUAUGAAGUCAUUGCAAUAUCACAUUUAUUUAAUUUUCCUAUUAAUUUUUUUAUUAAUUAUUUCGAUCAAUAAAGCAAUUACCUAACAAAAAGAAGAAUACAGUAAUAAUAAAAUUAAGAAAAAAAGAUUGCAUUUUUAUUAGAAAUCUAUUAAAAUAAAUAUACAAUAAGAAUUUUGCAAUCGAAUCAAGAUAUUCUCUAUAUUUAAAAUAUAAUUAACCACAAAUAAUAAUUAUUUCAAAUUGAUUAAUCUAUUGUAGAAAUCAUAUAAUAAAUUAUUGAGAGCAUACUAAAAUAAGCUUCAUAUGAUUUUUGUAAUUUAAAUAAAUUUUGGAUUACUAAAGUACUAUAGAUAAUAUAACUUGGUGAAGCAUAAACACUAAUUGCCAAUAAAUAGACUAUAAAAAUAAAUGAAUAAUUUUCAAAAGAUAGUUUCAAUUUAUUUUAACUUUUAAAUUUAGAUCAAAAAAUUCACCAAGAAUUUGUAUUAAGUUCUGAAUAGAAUCUAAUAUACAUAGAAGAACUUAUUGAAAAUACUAUCAUAUCCUAAGUUACAAUCAUUAGAGAUUACAUAACAGAAAUUUUAAAUAAAUAUAUGAAACCUUAAUCUAAUUCUCCAGAUUAAAUAGUCUUAACCGAUAAAGCUUCAGUCCCAAAAGAUCUAGUAAAUAAUUCCUUAUUUUCAUCUUUACCUAAUUAAAUAACAAAUUAGUCUUAAUAAUAAAUUAAAUAAAAUUUGACUUAUAAGCCAUUACCAAAAGUCUUAGAGAAUGAUUUUCCUUAAAAUAUUGAUAAUCAUGAAUAAGACUGUAAAAAUUCUCAAAGUAAUGUUAUAUAAAAUGUAUCAUUUUAAAAAGAAUAGUAAGACAUUAAAUAUUAAACAAAAGAAAUUACAUAGAAUUAAAUUGAUAAUUCAAAAUCAUCAACUACUUUAACAUUAUUAUAGCAUUCUUAUAAUAAGAAUGAUAAGUUAAGAUCAACAAAAAUUAUAAAUUAAUCAACUAAUUUUAGAAGUGAAGUCAUCUAUUAAAAAUCUAGUGCAAAUUAAAUAGGUUUAUAGAAUACUUUUUUUGAAGAAAUUUUAAAUUUAUAAAAUGAUUAUUUUGUUUCCCUUUAGAAUAGAUCAUCUCAUUUAAAAGCUAAAUCAGACAUACUUUUAAUGAAAUCUUUAGGAAAAGAAAAAGAUAGUUUAGGAUUUGUACCAAAAAAAUAGAUAAUAAAAUAAGACAAUAAAUUUAGUAAUUCUUAAAUUAUGAGAUAAAAUGUUAAACAUAAAAAAUCAGAGAUUGACAAUUUACUUAAAUAAACUAUAUCUCCUUUUUUUUGUCCUAUUUGCUAGACAGAAAUUAAUGAAGCUAGUGGAAUCAGAAAUCUACAUGAUGAUCAUAAGAUUUGUUAGUCUUGUUUAGAAGAUUGGAUCAAAGUAAUAUUAAAUUAAUUUAAUAAAGGUUAAAUUUAAUUCAGGAUAAUGGAAUUUUAAAUAUUUUAAAUGUCCAAUAUAACUCAAUAAUGGGGAGAAUAUAAAACCUUGUUAACGUAUUAUUGAUUAAUAAGAAAUUAAAAAUGUUUUGACUCCUGAAGAAUUUAGUAAAUUAGCAGAACGAGCUAUAAAACAUGGAAUUAUUGAUAUAAUAUGUCCUAAUUAAUCUUGUAAAACAAGUAUAAAAGGUAUGCCUCCAUAAAAUUAAAAUGAAUUACGAUGUCCACUAUGCUCUCAUAAGAUUUGUUGUGUUUGCAAGUAUAUUUAUAUUUACAAUAUAAUAAUUUAGAAACUUAGAUCAUGGUGCAUCAAAAUGUCCAUAACGUCUAGAUGAGAUAAAAAUGGCUUUAUUGGAUGAAAGAGUUAGUUGUUGUCCUGGAUGUCUAGAAAUUUAUAUGAAAAAUGAUGGAUGUGAACAUGUUUCUUGUACUAAUUGUUUGAUAGAAUUUUGUUUUUUUUGUAGUGCUUUUAGACCCCCAAUUAUAGCACAUGGUAUUAAAUAGUAAAUAAUAAUUAGGAGCUCAUUUUCAUAGAGUUGGAUGUAAUUAUAGAUUUCCUUUAUGGAUUGAUAAAUAUAAAAAAAUAGAAAAUUUAGGAGAUGAAUAUUUACCUGAUGAAUGUGAAGAUUGUAAACAAAAUUAAAAAGCAUGUCCUCGUCCAAUGAGUUUAGAUGAUUUUAAGAAUUUAGCUCAUUUAAAUUUUUGA